AUGUUGGAAAAGCGGGGGCAUCGCAAGACCUGGGCUCGAGAGCUGGUUGCUGGCAUGUGUUCAGGAGGGCCGGAGGCCCUCGUCACGACGCCUUUUCAAGUGGUGAAGAUCCGCAUGCAGAAUAAAGACUUGGUGCAGCACUAUGCGAACGACUUCGACUGCCUCAUCAAGGUGCUUUUGGAAGAAGGACCACAAGCUCUCCUUGCCGGCCUGCAGUCAACAGUUAUUCGAAACUGCGUAUGGAACGGGGUAUAUUUUGGAACCAUCUCCUUCCUGUCCAGCAGCACGGAUCAGCGCGACGGCCUCGUGGGAGGAGUGCAACGCCUCGGGACCGGACUCUGUGCGGGCAUGUUUGCCACGUGCUUCAACGCGCCCUUCGAUGUAGCGAAAAGCCGCAUCCAACAAGCAAAGUCCGAGUCCGGGUCAAGGACCACUUUUGGGGUCCUCGCUGAUAUCCUCCGCCACGAAGGCCCGCGAGCUUUGUACAAAGGCUUCGUGCCAAAAGCAUGGAGGAUGGGAGUCGGAGGUGCUGUCGGCUUUGUCACCUUCGAGUUUGUGCAUCGGACUAUGCUUUCCAGAAAUCAGUGA